CAAUGAAUGUACAAAUCUGAGGAAUUAUUUCCUUGCCUUGAAACUGCUGCACACUUUGAAGUGCAGAUGGAUUGCAGAAAGGAGCACAGAGUGCAUGCAAGUUUUCUACCCUCUGAGAAAAUGGAAACAAAUUUAGCUGAAUAUAUAUCAGAGGAGGCUGCUAUCCCUUAACAUAAGGGUCUUCUGUAAUUAUACUCUGGAAACUCAUGAAAGCAAGACAAGUCCUACCAUCAAAUGAUAGUAGCUAAUAAGAUUGCUUGAUUAUCACAUUCACAAACAUGUUCUUUUGAAAAGCUUGCUGUGCAGCGUGGCUGAUCCUACUUACAAAGAGAGGGUGGCACUAUAACCCUGUGCUCCGUGUGACUCUACACCGCUUCAGACAUGAAUGCAUCAAAUGACCUCUUCUUCAUUCAUUCCAUCCAAUUCAAUGGAACUUUGGACUUUAAUGAGACUCUCUUGCUCAGCAAUCUCAGCGGUAUUGAAUUCUGUGAGCAGGUCUUCAUUAAAACAGAGGUUUUCCUGACUCUGGGAAUUAUCAGCCUGCUGGAGAACAUCCUGGUGAUUAUGGCUAUACUGAAAAACAAAAACCUUCACUCCCCCAUGUAUUUUUUCCUCUGCAGCCUGGCUGUGGCAGACAUGCUAGUCAGUGUGUCCAAUGCCCUGGAAACUAUUGUGAUCGCAGUACAAAAUAAAUAUUUAGACAUAGGGGAUACACUUCUCCAGCAGUUGGAUGAUGUAUUUGACUCCUUAAUCUGUAUAUCUUUAGUUGCUUCAAUUUGCAGCCUUUUGGUUAUUGCUAUAGACAGAUACAUCACAAUUUUUUAUGCCUUACGUUAUCACAGCAUCAUGACGGUGAAGAAAGCCUUAGCCUUGAUUAUGAUCAUCUGGAUAUCCUGUAUCAUUUGUGGCAUUGUAUUUAUUGUCUAUUCGGAAAGCAAAACUGUCAUUGUGUGUCUCAUCACCCUGUUCUUCACCAUGCUUGUCCUCAUGGCUACCAUGUAUGUUCAUAUGUUUUUAUUUGCACGUCUCCAUGUGAAAAGAAUCGCUGCCCUACCGGUGGAUGGUGUAGUGCAGCAGCGGACCUGCAUGAAAGGCGCUAUUACCAUUACCAUUCUUCUUGGGGUGUUUGUUGUGUGCUGGGCACCUUUUUUCCUACACCUUAUCCUCAUCAUCUCCUGUCCUGCUAAUUCUUACUGUGUCUGCUACGGUGCCUACUUUAACACAUACUUGAUCCUCAUAAUGUGUAAUUCUGUCAUUGACCCACUCAUUUACGCUUUCCGAAGUCUGGAGAUGCGCAAAACCUUCAAGGAGAUAAUUUGCUGCUAUGGGAUGAAUUUUGGAAAGUUUGGUUAGCACCUCAUAACUCUCACAUUUUACAUGUACAAUUACAUAGCAUCCAAAGAUACACUACAUGUCCACAUUCAUUGUGGUGCAUUGGAUGAAAUCUAUUAACCGUUAUAAGAUAGGUGCACACUUGCAUAAAUAGGCAACCAAUCAGCCAUUUGCAACCUAUAGUCUUUGCAUCAGGAGUAUAAGUGCUAAUUGCUUAAUGGUUGUGAUCAGCUACUAUACCACACAAGCUAGUACUUACCUGGUACAUAACCUAGUCUCCAUCAUGAGACUAAAAUUAAGUCCUAUUCAAAAAUAUAUACAUGUUUAUUUAAAAAAUAGCAAAUUGAAGAAUUUUCUGAAAAAAUUUAAUUUUGUUCUGUGUAUCACAUUUCACUACUUUGCUGGCACUUAACUUAGAUUGCAAAAUCACUUAAUUCAUCCCUUUGAAAUAAAAUAAUUGGUAUAUUUAAUACAUCAUAAGUAACGAUGUUUUCAAUCUUAAUUAGAUUACUUUGCUUUUAUACUGAUUUUGAUUACAAUAUGUAGUCUCGUGCUAUUUCUAUUAGAAUAUAUUUCCUCACAUGUUUAUAGAACAUCCUUAUAUAUUUUAUAAAAUAUUUACUACAAAUUGGAGAUGGCAGGGAAUGCUGUUACUUAUAGUUCCUCAGUAGCUGUAAAGAGUCACAUGCUGCCUAAAAUGCUUUAAAGUAUGUUUUCAAUCUUACAUCUUUGCAUGCCACAUCUUUAUUAUAGAUGGAAACUGUCAGGUUCUGCUGUUACUUGGAUUUCUAUAGUAGACACAUAUUGCUUAAGCUUGCUUAUAAGUAUUUUUACAUUUUACUGCAUGUCCACAUACCUCAUUUUAUAAAUGAAAUAUGUGAGUGACAACAAUAUAUCUCAUAUUUGCAACAAGUGCUUCUGUUGAUGUUUACCUUGGAUUUUGACAGUCUGAUGGAACUUAUGAAGCUUUGCACUGCAAUUUUGCAUUUUAUUUAUUAUAUUUAUGUAUUUAUUGUUCGAUCAAUGCUUACAGUUCAAACUACUCUUUAAUACAGUGCUACUCAAACUGUACUCAAGGCACACGAACAGUGCAGGUUUUAAGGAUAUCCAUGCUUGUGGUCGGGACUUUAUUAGUAGCUCUGUCAUUUUGAUUUAACCAUCUGUGCACAAGCAUGGAUAUCCUUAAAACCUGGACUGUUGGUGUACCUUGAGGUUAGAGAGUGAGUAACACUGCUGUAAUAUACGGGUUGGCAAGGGUGAAUUUCUCAUACUAGGGACCAGAUAUAAUGCAGUGCGAGACGGCCAGAGCGUCCGAGAUUCCGGCAGAAUUCAUACUUUUUUUUUUUUUAAAGCAGCAAACAUUUACAAGGCAAAACCUGGUCGAUUUUGCCUUACAUCCGGCUAUUAUACUAAAAAAGAUAAACGUAUUUUUACAGCUAAUUUACUCAUUAACAACAUUUCAAUGAAGAUGUUAGAAAAGAGAAAGUUGGCAAACUUUUAAACAUUGCUCUACUAUACUCUUGUUUCUAUUUAAAUCAUUCUGAUAGCAUUUGCCUAAAGUUAUACAUUCCAAGGAUGAUUACUUGACAUGACCUUAUUUCAGUGUGUGCCAGAGAAUUUAAAUUUUUUUCAUAAGUCAUUUUUGCUGCUGGCAGUGUAAUAUGUAACUUCCUAUGCACCCUCCUGAAUUAAAUUAGAUAACAUUUUCCGA